CUCUCUCUCCCUCGAUAUCAAUGGCGGCUGGCGACGGAGCCGAUGCUGGGGAACGGAGCUGGAGGGGAGAUGCAGACGAGAGGCUGAAGAGGCUACACUCGCUGCUCUUCGGUGCCGAGCUUGCCCUCGAGCGAGGAGACCCUGCAAUGGCCCAAAUCCUCUCCCUCCGCCUCAUUGGCUUCCUCGAUUCUAAAACCCUCUCCUCCAUCGAUGCCGCAUACAUAGCUCCAAUCCGCGCCGACGCCUCAUCCAAGCUCGUCUCCGCUUCCCGUGCCCUAGCCUCUGACGCCGAUCGCCAAGCAUUUGAACAGGCUCGAAGAGAUUCAAGUCAUGUUUUUGUGAAAAGAGGGGACAUUGACAUGGAGAAGAUCAAGCAGUCCAAAUAUUUUCAGAAGUUCUUUCAAAAGUCCAAAGGACAUGCUGUCUGUGAACCGGUUCGUAUCACAUCACUGGGGUCCAAGUUGUUAGCUCAGCAGGAUUCUGUUCUCAGGGAAAAUAAUAAAUAUCAGGUUGAUCUGGUUGAGUCACCUCAUCAUCAGGAGAGUCUAAGGACCACAAAACCCAUGACACAGACAACACUAACAUCCAUAUAUGGCAGCAAGUUCUCAAAGCCAAAUAAUGUUUCUUACAGUAAGCUGCUGAGUUCUGAAAGUAGUAGAUAUGUUGAGUGCAUUGAUGUUGAGAAAGAGCAUGCAUCUUGCCAUAACCUUUUAAAAGCCAAUUCUGAACCGGUUGUAUUGCUAAUUGAUGCGAAAGAUAAACCUCAUGGUAUGGCUCAGAAAACAAAGCGGCGCCAUACAGAAUUUACUAGUCCAAUAUGUGAAAGCACAAGAUCUCCAACAAACAAUGAAGAAUUUAAUGCAGAUAUAUCUGUAAAUGGAUUUGUAACUGCAAGGACAAAACUGGAAAUGGAUGCAAAACAAAGGCAUGGUCUUAUUGGCAACCAAAGUCCUGUUGUUUCUCCAACAAAUGAUAAUAUAGGGGGGAAUAUAAGAAGAUAUGGCAUGCAGUAUGCUGCCAUAUCUCGCCGUGGUUUGCGUGGUAAUUUUGUCCCUCCUGUCAGAUCACAAGGGGGGGGAAGCACAUCUAAUAUGAUAGGAUCCAGGAUUUCUGGCAAGUCUGAUGAUGCUUUGGAAGAUUCAACUAGAAAAUGUUUGGAAAUGCUGUGUGGCCCUGAUGGCGAGCUUCCUGAGAAGUUAAGGAAUCUGGAGCCUCGUCUCAUUGAACACGUCAGUAAUGAGAUUAUGGACAAGGAUCCUAAUGUUCGGUGGAAUGACAUUGCUGGCUUGGAGCAUGCAAAGAAAUGUGUUGUUGAGAUGGUCAUAUGGCCUAUGCUACGCCCUGACAUAUUCCGUGGUUGCCGUUCUCCAGGAAGAGGUUUACUCCUCUUCGGUCCCCCUGGAACCGGUAAAACUAUGAUAGGAAAAGCUAUUGCUGGAGAGGCUAAAGCAACAUUUUUCUACAUUUCUGCUAGUUCAUUAACAAGCAAGUGGAUAGGUGAAGGUGAAAAGCUAGUGAGAGCACUUUUUGGAGUUGCAAGUUGCCGGCAGCCUGCUGUUAUAUUUGUUGAUGAAAUAGACUCACUAUUAUCUCAGCGCAAAUCAGAAGGUGAGCAUGAGUCGAGUAGAAGACUUAAGACACAAUUUCUAAUUGAAAUGGAAGGCUUUGAUAGUGGAAAUGAACAGAUUCUCCUUAUUGGAGCUACUAAUAGACCCCAGGAACUUGAUGAAGCAGCAAGGAGGCGACUUACAAAAAGGCUCUAUAUACCUCUCCCUUCUGCAGAAGCUAGAGCUUGGAUCAUCCGAAAUCUUUUGGAGAAAGAUGGUUUGUUUAAACUUUCAGAGGAAGAUACUGUUGCUAUCUGCAGGUUAACUGAAGGAUAUUCAGGGUCAGACAUGAAGAAUCUAGUAAAAGACGCAUCUAUGGGGCCACUAAGAGAAGCCCUGAGACGAGGAAUUGAGAUCACAAAGCUUCAGAAAGAAGAUAUGCGACCUGUUACUCUACAGGAUUUUGAGAAUGCAUUACAGGAGGUGAGGCCUUCUGUUUCCUCAAAUGAAUUGAAUACUUAUGAGGACUGGAACAGACAAUUCGGGAGCUUAGCUGUGUAGAAUAACAGAUAAUGAAAAGGCAAUAUGGAGGAAACCAUGAUCAAAAUUUUGCGUUUUGGUUUGUAACUUGUAAGCAUCACAUGCAUUAGAGACUUGAACUUUUGAACUAGUGACUUCUCUAUCAUGCCUAGUUCAUAUUAAAUCUGAAGCGCCUCUUGUUUUCUUUAACUUUCUCAUGUUAUAUAA